AUGUCGGCUUCCGUCCCCUUCCCCGGCCAGCAAUCCCAGAAUGGCGACUUUGCAGCCGACUUGAGGAUCGACCUCCCACGCAAUCCCACUUCAUCUGCUAAAGAAGAUGCCGCUGCACCACCACCGCCUGCCUCGCUGCAUCGUCGUCAGAACUCGUUCCAGGCUUCUGCAGACAAACCCUCCACAGCGCCCGCUGGUUGGCAUCACCAUCCUCGACAGCCCGGCACACACUCUGAAUCCUACUUCCCCGGUGGAGGCCCUUCCUCGGCUGCACCAAAGACGCCUAGCAGCGUCUCGAUCCGCGGCCACGGUCGGGCACAGAGCAGUUCAGGCUCGGCCUACUCGGCGCAUCCCAUGAACCUCAACAUCGGUGGCUCUGCGCAUCCCAACGGCGACGGCUCUUCGCUCCAGUCUGCCUUUGGCUCGGCACACCACGCAGGACCCAGCCAUCUCAGCCUCGCCCGCCAUCCCGCCAUGCAGGGUCUCGCCAUGGAUGCCGGCUACAGCGCCGGCCCGCCCAGUCCCAGCACACUCACCGACGUCAUCCUAGGCCUGCACAGCACUUUUUACUCGUGCAAACGCAAACCGGAAGAGGUCAAGCAGAUGGUCGCUCGCUACUACGAGCGUGGCGCUGUCUUUGAGUCGCCUCUGCUCUCGGCGCAUGGCAGGACGCAGAUCGCCAACCAGUUCAUGAUGGCGUUCGCGCUUCCCGGCAUGGACGUGCAGUCCGAGCUGCGCGAUGUCAUCUGCUCCGACUUUGAGUUCGACGGCACACGAGCAGGUAUCAUCGACCACACCAUCACCGUCACCCUCUUUCCUUCCAUUUUUGGCUCCUCGGCGUCCAAACCCACUCCGGAUCCCAACGCGAGCGACGUCAACCGAACUCCUAGAGCAUCAUAUCCCAUGUCGGCAUCCGCCUACCCCAUGACGCCGCAUCCGUUUAUGGACUAUGGUGCCAACAGCGCCUAUUCACGCGUCGCCAGCCAUCCGCACAGCCCCACGACGCCGUUCAGCAUCUCGAGCAUCUGGGGUGGCUCGAGACCUCACACACCCGGACUUACUCCUUCUGCAGGCGCUAGCGGCAUUCGUCCGCUCUCGGGCACAAGCGCAUUCCCAACCAACACCCCGCCCAGCGUCAACGGUGAAGACUUUGACGCCAGCGCCUCCACAUCCGCCACACCCACCUCGAACGCAUUCUUGAGCAGCUUGACCAACGGCAGCAACACGCACCAUUAUGUCGAUGCCGAAACAGUGCAGCAGCAGCUCGACACGCGUCCGCCCAUCCCUGCCGAUGCAUUGACGCCGCACUGGACGAGCGAAGGUCUGGGUCGACAGACGUUCCGCACGCUGCUUUGGUCGCUCUUCCAUCCGAGGGCGGUGCUCAAGUCGCUGUGCAGCAUCCAGCUGCGCGUCAUGAGUCGGCUUGAGUUCAACGAUGCCGGUCUCAUUGUCCGACACGAGGACACGUGGGGGCUGAGGGAGACCAUCGAGGGCGUGAUCCCCUUUGCAUCGCUCGUUUACUCGAUCGAGCGCAGGUUGGUGGGCUUCCUCGUCUCGUGGGCCAUCGCUAAGGGUGUCAAGCUCUCGUCGGCUCUGUUGCACAAAGCGAUCCCUGGGGGGACGUCGUCGGCCGAGCUGGAAGCGCGUUCAACUUCCGCGGGAGGAGCAGCGGGGGCGAGCGGGUACCACAUUAGCCAGCACGAAGCCGAGGCUAUGUUUACCCAUCCGCAUCCGCACCACCAAGCGUUUGGACGGACACCGGGGCGUGAGUAUCAGACCAUCUCACGGUCCAGAGCACCGUCUCCGAGUCGCUUCCGGUUUGGAAGCGGGGCAGGCGGAGGAGACCAUCGUACCGUGACGGGCACACGCUCGCGUGCGAGAUCGCUCGUAAGUUCGAACUCGGCCGCGCCGUCGCGCGCCAUGUCGACCGACAACCUCGCCCAGCACUUUGCUGCUGCUAGUAUUGGUGCUACUCCUGGGCAGCCAGGUGACUCGCGUCGCUCCGCCGAUCUGCCACCAGACUCGAGCGCCAAGUUCCGCGAACGAACAGCAAAGAGGAUCGAUGGUGGUCGCACGUCCAGUACCAACUCGGCGCCGCCCUCCACUCACCCUUCCCAUCUAGGUGGAACCCACGAUGCGCCUGAUGGACCCGCAUCGAACCUGGUCAACAUGUGGGAGCAGUUCUCGGCGCAGUCGCGUCCGCACUCCAAGGCGGCGUCGGUGGUGUCCAACGACGACUCGAGAGGGACUUUGCGUGCGCCUGACCAAGACCAACAGUAG